ACGUAGAAAAAAAAUAAAAGUAGUUACGAAGCAGCUUAGCCAACAUAAAAAAAGUAAAAAACGAAAACAGCUGCAACCGGAGGUUUAAAUCCGCUUUUCUGCUCGAGGUUUAUUUAAUUUUUUUUUAACAAUGUCUUGCAAAUUUGUUUGUACGCGUUCAGCCCGGGGCGUCUGAAGUGCCGAAGUUUGCUCAGGACGAGUUUUAAGGAGUGCGGAGGAAUUUUUUUGUUCGGGCCUCGCUCAAAGGCUCCCUUUGUCAGGAGGAAGGACUCGGAGGCAGCAUGGCCGACGCUCAAGAGCAGUCCAGUGUUCCGAACGGUGGCGCUGAUGAUCCAGAACCGGAAAAAGGAAGAGGCAGCAAAAGCUCCUCGACUUUACCUACAGAGGAUCUGAUACGACCUGAUUCAGAAUUGAGCCCACAGCAGCCGCAGCCAGCUGCAUUAGAGGAAGAGGAGGAGGAGGAAGGGGACACAGACAGCAUGGAUGGCAGCCUUAUGUACUCUUUUGUGGAAGAGGGAAAGGAGCAAGACAGUGAGGGCAGCGGGCGAAGAGAGCGAGCGAAGAAAGACGAGAGCAGGAGAGCAGGCCGGAAGCGGAACCGACCCACGUCACGCCACUCCUCCAGCUCUGACGAUGAUGAUGACGACGACGAUGAUGAAGAAGAAGAUGAUGAUGAUGAUGAUGAUGAUGCAGAAGAUGAAGAGGAGAAUGAAAAGGAAGAGGAGGAAGACAUGGAGGCAUGGUUUGGGGCAGAGGUAAAGGAAAUGGGCGGGCCUAAGUGGCGCGCAGUGCCGUCUCUGCGGGCUCGGGAGAUUGGGAAGAACUCUGCACAGUUUGCGCGGAGUGUGUGCGGCUCUCGAGGCCUGGUCCAGCGCCUGGAGCUGCAGGCUCGGCUGGAGCGGCACAGUGGGUGCGUCAACACGCUCCACUUUAACCCCUCCGGGACACGCCUCGCUUCGGGCAGUGAUGACCUGCGUGUGGUCAUCUGGGAUUGGGCGAGACGCCGUGCCGAGCUCGAGUUCGACAGUGGACACAAGAGCAACGUCUUUCAGGCGAAGUUUCUCCCUCAUAGCGGAGACUCCACGCUGGCCAUGUGUGCUCGGGAUGGGCAGGUCAGAAUAGCCGAGCUGUCUGCCACGCAGCGCUGCAAAAACACAAAACGAGUGGCUCAGCACAAAGGCGCCGCACACAAGCUGGCCCUGGAGCCGGAUUCGCCCUGCUGUUUCCUCUCCACAGGAGAAGAUGCCGUUGUGUAUGGCAUUGACCUGCGAAUCGAUCGACCUGCCAACAAACUGGUGGUAGUGAAGGAAAGCGACAAGAAGGUGGGUUUGUACACCAUCUACGUGAACCCGGCCAACACGCAUCACUUUGCCGUUGGAGGAAGAGAUCAGUACCUAAGGAUCUACGAUCAGAGGAAAAUCAACGAAAAUGACAACAACGGUGUUCUGAAGAAGUUCUGUCCAUCUCACCUGGUGUCCAGUGAAUCCAAAACAAACAUCACCUGCUUAGUGUACAGCCAUGACGGCUCAGAGCUGCUUGCGAGUUAUAAUGACGAGGACAUUUAUCUGUUUGACUCGAGCCAUAGCGAUGGUGCCGAUUAUCGCCGGAGAUACAAAGGACACCGCAACAAUGCUACAGUGAAGGGCGUGAACUUCUACGGGCCUUGCAGCGAGUUUGUAGUGAGUGGAAGCGACUGUGGACACAUUUACCUGUGGGACAAACACUCGGCCCGUGUGGUGCAGUUCAUGGAGGGUGACCGAGGCGGAGUGGUGAAUUGUUUAGAGCCUCACCCUCACCUGCCUGGUCUAGCCACCAGCGGCUUGGAUCACGACGUUAAACUCUGGGCUCCGACUGCAGAGAACCCCACCAGCCUGAAAGGCCUCAAAGAGGUGAUGAAGAAGAAUAAGCGCGAGCGUGAUGAGGACAGCGUUCGGCACGGCGAACAGUACGACACGCAGCUCCUCUGGUUCCUGAUGAGACACAUGAGGAACCGCAGACCUUUUCGAUCUCAGAGCCGACACGGAGAAGGCGGAGAUGGAGACACAGACACGGAGUCCUGGAGCUCUCCAGAAUCUUCCGAUGAUGAGGACGGAGGCCCUGACCACGUCCAGUGCAUGUCCUCCUGAGCCCCACACACACACCGCCCAUGACCAUGUAUUUAAACACACACACGCACACACACACACGCGCACACACACACACACACGCACAUAAACAGUAGUUAUGCACUGAUGUACACACUGCGAGUACAACGGCAGCAAAACACACACACACUGCUUUAUACAUAGAGUGAAGGUGAGAUGAAUGGAAUGUAGACAGACACACACACACUCACAUGCACGCAGAGUAACUACAGGCAAGAAUGUGAUGAAAGAAUUGAUAUUUUUUAUGUUUCUGAUCAACACACAGAUUUCAGCCCAUCUACACUCUCUCUCUCUCUCUCUCUCUCUCUCUCUCUCUCUCUCUCUCUCUCUCUCUCUCUCUCUCUCUCUCUCUCUCACACACACUCACACACACACACACAGAGUGUUCCCACAGUAGCAGCUUCACUUUACACACUGGAGGAGUCGAGGACGAGUUUACGGCUUCUUGCUCUCCUGUUCCUCUUUUCUGGACAUCACGGACCCUACAGAGGACGAUUCGGUGGUGGUGAUGUUCGAGCGUGUGCUUCUUUAGGCCCUUCUUUUUUCCGAAGAGCCACCAUCACCACGUAGCAUCUCGAACGCGGACCUCGAGCGUCUCUAAGGAACGGAGGAAAGGAACAACAGCCGUGUCGGCGUCCUGACUUUUCCUUGAGUGUUUUUUUUUUUUUUUUUUUUUUUUUUUUUUUUUUUUUUUUUUUUUUUUUUUGCUUUGCUUUGUUUUGUUUCGAGGACAGUCAGGGCUGUCCAGUGUUUUCAGGGCUGUCUGCCCUGCAGAUUCCUUGGGCUCGAUCCAAAAUGGCUUGCGGUUGGACACUUGAUGGAGCGUAGAAGCCAUUUUUUAUACCCUAAGUAGUGCACUUACUGAAUCCCACAUGAGUAACUAUUGGACACGUGAUAUCUAUAAUAUCUCAAAUUGAUAAUGUAAGUACUACGUUUCACACCCUUUGUAGUGCACUUACUUGUAUCUGUACAUAGAGAGAACUGAAUCCCAACCGGAUAACCAGUGAACAGAUGAUGGUGGAUGACAUAGUGUACCCUAGGUAGUGCACUACGUAGGCUCUUUAUGUAGCUAGUAUGUAUAGGGUGUAAACACCUUGUACAUAUUUCCAUACCCUAUAUAGUGCACUUACACAACUAGUAGGGGUUGUUUGACUUAUAGGGGAUGACAUCUACCCUAUAUAGUGCACUGUGUAGGGCAUUUCUGCAGCUAGUAUGGAUUUAAAUCUCAAAUGGUUAACGUAGUGCACUUGAUAGGGUGGAGAAGCCAUUGUUUUUUCAUGCCAUUUGAGACCUACAGGACGACACCUACCCUACGUAGUGCACUAAUAAGAUGACGGAACGGUUUCUACAUUUUAUGUAGGUCCCUUACGUAGCUUGUGCACUACAAAGAGUUUAGAAGCCCUUAGUUCAUGCCCUAUGUAGUGAGCUUGUCUUUAUCAUGGCUUUGAGUCCUAACAGCUGGACAUAGGGCAUUACUUAUGGUAACUACGUAGUGUUAUUUUAUACCUUCUUUGGAUGUAGGAUCCUUAUAGCCAUGGGGCGCUGAAAGACACAUCGAUGUCUAUUGGACACUGAGUGCACUACGUAGGGUUGAGAAGCCAUUGUUUUGUGUAUGAAGUAGAGCUUCAUUUGGAAUUGAACCCGCUUCUCAGAUCUGUACUCUAGCAGGAAAAAAGCGGGCCAGCCUGGUCCCAAUCCUAUGUCUUGUUCCUCUCUGCCGUGCUUCCUGAGUGCACUUUAAUCAGGGAUCUGUUCAUUUUUUGAGUCUCUAAAGACGAGCGUGCACUUAGAGGGCUUGCAAUACGUAACAUAUUUAACUUUUUUUUUCUUUUUUUUUUUUCUUCUAAAUGUUUGAAAAUUUGGUACUAGAUAUAUUUGCACUUGAACGGAAAAUUUGGAUGUGAGCUCCUCUUAAAAGUGGUGUCCUUCCUUUAGAAAAAAAAAAAAGAAAAGGGAAAAGGAAAAAAAAAGCUCUAUUAAAUCCCCCCUCCUCUUUGAAGUGUGCAUGCAAGUAAAGAUUGUAGCACAGCAAACAUUCUAUUUGGGACGGAACCUGUUGCUUCGAGUUGUGGUUCGCUUUUGUUUUUUCAUAAGUACAGGCGAAACGAUUAUUGUUGUUAUUUUUCAAAUCAUGAUCAUUUCAUCACAGUCUAUGAUAUUACGACUUGUAUACUUGGACGUAGCACGUUAUAUAUGUCAGCAGUCACGUGUGGUGACGCUAACUAGAUUAACGUAACCGUGGAAACAACUGAGGAGGUUGGGACAUUCGCGGCGAUACAGUGUUUUGAAUUGUUUUGUGACGUCGUGUAGUGGAUAUACUGAAAGAGUGAGGACAAUGUGAUAUUUUUGCGUCAUUUACAACUUUAACCAGCGCUACUUUCGAGAAGGUCGACGAUGCUUUCUGUUCAAACUGGCUUUUUUUCCUUCUUUUUUUUUUUUUUUUUUUUUUUUUUUUUUUUUUUUUUUUUAAGAGGAAAACCGUGAUUUGCAUGCACUCGUCUCAUCGUACUGGGCUGCGUACUAAAUAGCAGACUAUUUUGGUGUACUAUUUUGUCGUGAUUAUUUAGUAACGUGCUAUUUCGGACGCAGCCGUCGGCCCGCUUUAGGAGGGGGGCUGUCCUUAACUUAAUUUUCUUCUUUUCACCAGGGGAAAGAAAAGUUUUUGCUUUUUUUUUUGUAAGGGGCGGGAUAAGUUAAAUGACUUUGUAUGUACAUAUGAAUAUAUAAUUAUAUAUAAAUAUAUAAAUACAUAUAUUAAAAAAAAAAAAAAAAAAACCUGUAAAGAACUCCACUUCUGCCGCCAUCCUCCGAAUUUGAUUCAGAGAUUUAUAUUGUAUACGGAAAUGGAUUUAAAAAGGAGAGGGGGAAAAUAUAUAUAUUUUUUCCCCUUCUCUGAAUGAUCUCAAAGUCAUGAGCAUCACCUACCAAUCUUGAGUUGUGUUCUCUUUUCCUUUGUUCUUCUCUGAAAGACCCUACAUCAUCUACAAAUCGAAGUUACUCUUGUUCCCCCCCCCCUUUUUUUGUAUAUGGCCACACCCUUCAGCUUCGCACAAAAAAAGGCUUUUAAAAAUUUCAUUUCCUUUUUGUUUUGCUUCUUUUUGAUUGUUGAGUUAUCGCACCGCUGCCUAAUAACUGUUAUUGGUUCAGUUGAGAAAACAUGUACAACUUGUGCAGUUAAAAAAAAUAGAAAAGGCUGUUUAUGA